AUGCUCUGCCCGCUCCUGCUCCUGUCCUUUCUCUCGCUCUGUCGGGAAUCGUUUUGCCAAUAUUCAAGCGAUCAGUGCAGCUGGAGAGGAAGUGGUUUGACUCAUGAAGGUCACACGCGGGAUGUGGAGCAGGUGUAUCUGCGCUGCUCACAGGGCUCUCUGGAGUGGCUCUAUCCCACAGGAGCCAUCAUCGUCAACUUCAGCCCCAACACCGUCUCUCCCGCUGUGGCCAAACUGUCCGUCUGCAUCAAAACCUAUUCCGAAUCCAGCGGCGCCAACAUUUACCUGGACCGGGCCGGGAAACUGCGCCUGUUACUCCAAGAACAGGAUCAGGUCCAAGGCAAAGUCCACUGUUUCAAUAUCCAAGAGGGGGCGCUAUUUAUCGAGGCAGUCCCACACAUGGACAUAAGCCGUCGGGCAACGUCCUUUCAGUACGAGCUGGUCAACGAGAGGCUGGGACCAGACGCACAUCCACUCAAUGCUGCUUGCCAACCCUGCAGUGAUGCGGACAUGCUUCUCGCCGUGUGCACAAAUGACAUCGUGGCCAGGGGCACCAUCAGGAGGGUGAAGGAGGAGCAGGAGCACUGGUCUGUCACUGUGGAGGUCAGUCGACUGUACAGACAGAAAACCCAGGUCUUUGUGUCCGGAGGCGUGAGGGUCCGCAGCUGGACAGGACAAAUCAAGAUGCCUCUUCAGUGUGGAGUUAAGGCUGGAGAGGGGGACUUUCUUUUCACUGGGGCAGUUCGCUUUGGUGAGGCCUGGAUGGGCUGCGCUCCUCGCUACAAAGACUUCCUUCGGGUUUACAAUGAAGCGGAGAAGCAGGGCACUAACCCAUGUCACGUGGACACAAACUGA